GGAGUUUCCGAUAACACGUGAACGCGGCAUUAGCAUAGCAACUGUGAGUGUAGGCAUAAAAAACAACAUAACAAACGUGUUACGCGCUAAUUAACGGUUAUCUGGGUCUAUUACACGUGUAUUGCUUAACACAAUUUGCCCCCCAGACGCAAUAUUGCCUGUUUGUAGACCUUUUAUUUUUUUAUUCAUCGCUCACUAACGUUGGCUGGCUUCGUUCUGAUCCAUAGUACUGUUAGAGGGCGUCCGCUACGCAUCCCUCCAUGAAGCGCUGCGAUGCCCUCUGAUUUUAUAUCCCUCCUCAGCGCUGAUCUCGACCUUAAUUCCCCCAAAUCCCUUUACUCCAAAGAGUCUGUGUAUGACCUCCUCCCUAAGGAGCUCCAGCUGCAGUCGUCCUCCUCGCAGACAGACGCACCCACCAUGAGCCAGAAGAGUGGGGGAGAGGCCGGACCGCCCCCUUCUGCAGCCAUGGCCUCAGCCACCACACCCAGCCCUUCUCCAUCCUCUUUGGCCACGGGAGGCCCCAGCUCGGCCCCCACUACCUCAGCCAUGGACCAGUCCCAGCCUCCUCUCCUCCUUCACCAUCCCAGUGGGGCCCCCAGAGAGGGGUCCGGAGCCCCGGAAGGAUCCGAGAGGGAAGGGGUGGAGGGAGCUCUGUCUGCCUCUGAAGGUGGAGGUGGCAAUGGGACCAGUUCUGGAACAGGAGGAGGAGACCCAGGAGCACCAGGGGCAGGGGGGGUGGAUUCCCGGCAGCAGCCCCAGAACACCCCCUCUAAGCGGAGGCCAGUGUUGAGCAUCUCCCCCCCUCCGGAAGACCUGUUUGAUGACAGCAGUAUAUCCUGCCAGGAGGAUCCAGCCCCGGCCGGGCUAGCAGGACCAGACUCAGAACACAGCAGCAGCAUCUGGGCUGACGACUCGGCCUCCAACUUCAGCCUGAUCAGCUCCAGCUCCUACAACGACAACACAGAGGUGCCCCGCAAGUCCCGUAAACGCACCCCCCGCCAGCGGCCCGGGGCCAAGCCUGCACCCCCAGAGGACAGCAUGGACGUGUUUGAUGCAGACAGCGCCACGGCCCCACACUUUGUUCUGUCUCAGCUGGGCCCAGACAAAGCCAGCCCCAAGCCCAGUUCUCUGGAGGCUGGGUGGCUGCUGAAGGGAGGCCUGCUGUCAAGUCAGUGUCCCCAGAAGAGUGAGGGCAAGGAGCUGAAGAUCCUGGUGCAGCCAGAGACCCAGCACCGGGCACGCUACCUGACCGAGGGCAGCCGCGGCUCUGUCAAAGACCGCACCCAACAGGGCUUCCCCACAGUCAAGUUAGAGGGCGUCAGUGAGCUGGUGGUGCUGCAGGUGUUUGUGGCCAGUGACACAGGCAGAGUGAAGCCUCAUGGGUUCUACCAGGCCUGCAGGGUGACAGGACGCAACACCACGGCCUGCAAGGAGGUGGACAUCGAGGGAACCACCGUCAUAGAGGUCCCUCUGGAUCCCAGCAGCGCCAUGUCACUUGCGGUCGACUGUGUGGGGAUCCUGAAGCUGCGUAACGCGGACGUGGAGGCUCGUAUAGGAGUGGCCGGGUCCAAGAAGAAGAGCACCCGGGCCAGGCUGGCAUUCAGGGUCAACAUCCCCCAGCCUGAUGGGUCUGUCUUAACCCUACAGACCACCUCGUCACCUAUCCUCUGCACCCAGCCAGCAGGGGUGCCAGAGAUCCUGAAGAAGAGUCUCCACAGCUGUUCAGUGAGAGGAGGAGAGGAGCUGUUCAUCAUAGGGAAGAACUUCCUCAAAGGAACCAAGGUCAUCUUCCAGGAGAACUCAGAUGAUGAGUCGUGGCGGUCCGAGGCAGAGAUUGACAUGGAGCUGUUCCAUCAGAACCAUGUGGUGGUGAAGGUUCCGCCAUACCACAGCCUGUCUGUCUCCUCUCCUGUCUCUGUGGGCGUCUACAUCACAACCAAUGCCGGGAGGUCACAUGACAUCCAGCCCUUCAUGUAUAUCCCAGACUCAGUAGAUAAGUCCCUGAACAUGUCUGUGAAGACAGAGGGUUCUUCUCUGGCCAAGGCCUGCAUCUUCCAUGACCAGAUCAAUUAUCUGGCCUCUGACCCUGCCCAGUCUGCUGGCGAACUGGUUAAACGACAGGAGGUCACCCCUAUGGAGGUCUCCAGCAAUACCCCAUCCACAGCACUCUUCAAGCCACCCUCUGACACCCUUAUCUUAGUCCAGCAGACCCUUGAGCUGAGCUCCAGUACCCCGCCUAGGAAUGAGUCCUUCCCCGGCCCCAUGCCCCUCCAGCCUGGGGACAUGGACCUCCCCCAUGCCCCUGUCUUUCCCUCCCUGGAGCCCUUCAGCACCAUCCAGAAGCAGGACAUCACCCCCAUCACCUCCUUCCCCGUCUCCAGUGACACUACCACCCUCCCCCCUGUCCCCCCAGAGGUACCCCAGCAGUUCCUCCGGGACCCCCAGGAGAGCCUGCCUCAAGAGGCCUCCAACUCCUGCAGCGGGAUGAUGGUAGUAGGAAUGUCCCAGAUGGCGCCCCCCUCCCAGGCCCCCCAAGUUCCCCUGUUUCCCCAGGAUGGGGUGGCCCAGCUGGAGAGGGCAGUAAGGGAGCUCCAGGCAGGGGGCAGCAGCCUGGUACAGCAGGUCCUAGAGGCAGCAGUGGCUCAGCAGCAACUCAACUCAGUGUUGUACAGCCCCACGUCCUCCACUGACUCCCUGCAGCAAAACGUACAGGACACCAUGAACAGCCUGAGACUGGGGUGCCCUGAGGGCUCUCUGGCCACACAACAGCAGUUGCAACAACAGCAGAUCCUUGGCAACAUGCAACAGAUACAGCAGCAACAACAGAUACAGCAGAUACAGCAGCAUCAAGUCCUUGGCAACAUACAGCUACAACCACAAUUAUUAAUACAGCCACAGGAUCAACAACUGCAACAGCAACAACAGAUACUGGGGAACCUACAACAGCAACAAUUACAACAUCAACAGUUUCAACAACAGCAGCAGCAGGUCCUAGGAAACAUACAGCUACCGGAUCAACAACUUCAGCAACAAGUACUGGGCAACCUACAACAACAAAACCAAGCAGUAGGCAGCAUUCAACACUUACAGCAACAACAACAACACAACAACAAACAACAGCAGCAGCAGGUGUUGGAGAACUUUCAGCAGCAGCUCCAGGCUGAGCUCCUCCAGCCCCAGAUCCACUCCUCGUCUCAUCCCCAGCAGCAGCCUGUGUCUCUCCUCCAGCAGGCUGGGGAGCUGCUGACCAUCCAGACCUCCAGCUUCCACCACCAGCCGCCCUCCCACACCUCCCCCCCCCAGCAGCUCCUCCAGUCCCCCAGGCCUCUGUCGGAAUCCCCCAGCCCGCAGCACCAGGUCCAGGCCGCCCUGCUCCAGAACACUCUCACUGUGCUGACCAGUGGUAGCCGAGAUCAUGAGCAGCAGGGCACGGGGUCCACGCUGUUCCUCUCUCCCAACACUCCCUCUAGCCACGGUAGUCAGCAGCAGCUAGCAUUCCUGUCCUCCAUGGAGACUUCAGCCAGUGAUCCCCAGACUGUGUCAGUGUUCCAGUCUCAGACCAGGCAGCAGCAGAGUACCCCCAUGGACCAACAGCAGUCCCCUCAGCAGACACAACCACAGCAAACCCAGCAGCAGCUUCCCAUGGCACAACAAGGCUCCUUGUUCCAAACUAACACUCUGUCCUCCAGCCAACUCCCCCAGCCCACAGAUCUGCUCCUCUGCACCGCCUCCCUCAACCCCCAGGCUCUGCCUCCAACCCUCCUCUUCAGUACCCAGGGCCUCUCUAUGGGCAGCAGCACCCCUCACCCCCAGGACACCCCUGCUCCCCUCCUGUUCUCCCAGCCCACCAUGGUCGGGAUCAGGGUAGGGGUGGCCCAGUCUGACCCAGCAGAGCCCAUGUCCUUCCAGGACCAGAGCUCCACAGUAGGGGGGACCACAGCCUCCAUCAAUCCCCCUCAGCAGGGCCUGUUCCAGGCCCAGCAGCCUAUGCAGGUGAGCUCCAGCUCAGGCAGUGGCCCUGACAGCCAGCAGGUGGAGCUGUUCCUGCCACAGGGUUCUCUGUCUGGUCUGCAAAGCAACAUGGCUACGCAGGAACUAGAAAACCAGGCUGCAGCAGCUGCAACCAUCUUUGUGAUGCAGAGCGGACUGGGGGUGGUGGAGCUGCAGAGUACCGCCCCCGGUCAGAGACCCCCAGAGCAGCUCUUCCAGACGGGAGUGAGUAGGAAUGUCAGCCAGCCAGGAGGACAACCCAACCUUUUUGUGUUCGGCCUCCAGAACGAUUCCUGCCAGCUGAUGACGUCCACUGGUUCAACACUGUCAGCCCAGAGCCAACCCCAGAACGCCAACCCUGUGCAUGCAAGCCACAUCCAGUCUCUACUGGACUCAGACAUGGCCCAGACAGCCACACCCAUGCAGACCAACCUACAGACCCCAAUGCAGACAAACACACAUACUGCAAUGCAGACCAAUAUACAGACUGCCAUAGAACCUAGCCUGCCGACCCUUAUGCAGACCAGCUUACAGAACACCAUACAGACCACCUCCCAGAAGAUGGAGGACCUGCUGGACAGUCUUCAGAAUCAGUGAUCAUUACUGGGACCACAGACACAUUGCUGGGGGUUCUUGUGACGUCUGCCCACUCUUAGACUGGGACAGGUUGUGUCUUCUGCUUACAGCACAACCCCCCCCCCACAGAUGCAGAGAAUGGGAUAGAGUCUCACUAUGCUACGAGCCCCAUAGGCUAAGAACAUGUCAUUAUGUUUUUAAAGAUUUUUAUCAAAUGUACUCUUGUGCCCUUGGCUCAUAUUUUGAUGUGAUUGUACAUGCAUUCAUACAGACGGACAGGCGUUGUGAUGAUGAGUUGGUUGAGUGACUGCACUUUUUGCUCAAUCAGAGGAAAGUAACUCCGGUAUCCAUCAGUCUAACUUAUACAGUGGUUCUUCUUUUUCAUGCUGUACUGUGUUAUUGAUGGCCUAAG